AUGGCAAGUGGAACGGUAGCGGCCAGGUUGAUCGAAGAUGCCGGGCUGCCAGCCCAGAAUGACAACGACGAUGGUGGUAACAACAAUGAUAAUGAAGACAGCACAGUCAAUAUUCGCAAUACGACUAGUUCUGAGCACGCUGUAAACGAUCGCUUUAUUAAUGCUCCAGGAGGAUCUCGCGAUGAGGAUAUGUUGCGGCUCGCUAAUUGCUAUGUCGCGACCGAUGAGGCUUGA